UGGUCACGACCAUCCUCGCCCAUCCGCCCAAAACACCCUUUACGAAAUCCCACCAUCCACCCAGACACGAGCCACGACCAACACCACCACCACCGCCACCGCCACUAGUGCAACCACCCGCACCCGUCUCGCAAACCCGACCGCCGACCGGAUGGUGAUGUGCCGGGGUUGCUGCCGCCGCGCCCAGCCGACGAACUGCUAUGGCCGAAGACUUGGCCGAUCAAAUUGACGAUUAUAUCUGUGUAUUUGAAGGAGCCGGUGAUCUCACGAUGGAUACGUUCGUAAUGCUACUGUUCGCGCUGAUCGUGCUCGUGAUCUCGCUCGUGUUCGCGACCAAACUGAUCUACGACAAGUAUGUCCUGCGGAAGGGCGCCACCAGCGCCGCCGGUGAUGCCGCCGGCGUGACGACGACAACGACGGUGACGCCGGGAAUCGCAUCCGUCGUCGGUGCGUCUUCGGUGACCGGAACAGCCGCGGCACUGACCACGGGGACGCGGGCUUCCGAGCCGAAGGAAGUGCUCACCAAGAAGGAUGCCAUCCUGUCGCAGGUACGCAACGGUGGCAGCGGUGCAAUGGGUGGCGGAGCACGGAUUGGUGGUGGGUUCGGAGGUGGCAUCGGCGGCGGUGGAGGCGGCGCGACGAUCGCCCGCAAGCGCAUCUCUCGCAAGAGCCCCGGCCCCGAGCUGACGCAGAAGAAGCGACCGGUCAUUCCACCGUCCAACAUUAACGGAACCGAUCCGCAAAUCGUUCAGUGGGCGAUCCAUCUGUUCCGCUGGCUCUACUCCGACCUGGUGGUGGUGAACAAGCUGCUCCAGGACUGGGUGUCGUCCGUUAACACGGCCCUACUGACGCACGUCGAGCAGCAUGAGAUGAUUGUCGAGAUUGUGCGCGUCCUGCCCGAGAGUCUGCCGCCUAACCUGUCCAGCAUCCUGUGCGAAGCGACCGACCAACCGAACGAGGUGGAGCUCCUGUUCGACGUGGACACCACGCCCGUGCUGCAAAUUAAGGCGUUCAAGUCCACCAACCAGAAGACGGAGGUGUCCCACUACAAGGCCACCAUCUCGCGGCUAAAGUCCCGUGUCAGUGUGAUCGUGAACUAUUUCGCGCUCAAAGGCGAGAUGAAACUCGAGGGCUAUCCGGAUAUCAAAAUUAUCCUGAACAGCAUCGGGCCACUGAAGACGGCCAACGCGCAGGACGAGAAGAAGCAGAUCGAUCUGGUGACGGAGCUGCUGAUCGGCUCGAUCCGGGACGUGGUGUAUCCGGUGGAUUUCUCCAUCUACUCGACCUGCCCGCGCCUGAUGGGCGAGGAGUCCGAGGAGGUCACUUCGGACUAUGGCUACGGUGGUUACUCCGAUGGCUACCGUGGUUAUCAGGACGAUGGGUUCGGAGGAGCUCUUUUGGCCUCUCCAAAGAAACUGCUAGUCAAAGUACUGAAAGCGGAAGGACUGCUCAAGUGCUCCCAACCGUACUGCGUGAUCGAGAUGGAUGAACCGGCCCAGAAACAUCAGUCCGCUGCAAAACUGGGUCAGACACCCUUCUGGGAUGAGUCCUUUUUGUUUGAACUGUCGAACCACUCGACCGAACUCCUGUUCGAGGUGUACGAUUCCGUAGCAGUAGCUGGCGGACAGAAGUUCCUCGGUUUAGGCCUGGUGGGUAUCGACGAGCUAGCGAACGGUCCGGCCACGACGCAAAUUCUCGAGCUGCAGCCCCGUCCCUACGAAACGGAAACCAUUACCGGUUCGCUCACGGUUGAGUUUGUAUUUAUCGAUGCACCUCCAGUACCGGCUGCCCGACGGCAAUUCACGCAGCAGUCCAUCCACGCGAACGGAAUGUCCAACUUUGCCCGCGAUAAGCUCAACAGCAGCACUCCACUUACUCGGACCGGGGGCCAACCAGCGAUCAACGGAGGCUCCAUUUCACCCGUCGCCCUAUCGUCACCCUCGAAACACCUGCCCAGUAAGACCCAAGCAUUGGCCGAUCGCAACCAGCAGUUCAAGGCGGCGGAAGCCAAUCGACUGAGCAAUUCCUUCCUCAAGCCAGGGGCAGCGCACACGCACCUGGGCAUCGUGAACGGUGCCAAAUCGGAGUCGACGCCCGCCUCGCCGGCUCUCUCGUCCUCGACGUCCCACUCGAUGGUCGGUAGCCUCAGCAGCAGCGCUCCGGUCAGCCUAGAGACGGCAACCACCCUCCCGAAGAAGCCACGCAACAUCUUCGGCACGCUGCGCAACAAGUUGACGCCAUCGAAGAAAUCGAAAUCGCUGGACGUCCCACAGUACAGCCCGACCGGGACAGGAGUAGGAUCAAACAUCUUCCGCAAUCUCUCGCGCAAAUCGUCCAUCUCGGAAUCGUCCGCCAUUUCCGGCAUGUCGACUGGCAGUGGCCGCACGUACGUGCACGAGGAGUCGACGCUGCUGCUCGAGACGCUCGAAAAUGGUAUGAUGCGACACUACCUGGUGCCGCUCGAGGUGGCCACACGCCAGAAGACCUGGAAGCGGAAGGGCACCAAGUUGCACAUCUACAACGACCACACGUUCAUCGCGAAACACAUCCCGGGGGGACUCCUGUGCUUUGUCUGCAACCGCAGCAUACCGAGGCGCCCGGGAAAACAGGGGUACGAGUGUCGGGACUGUGCGAUCCAGUGCCACAAACCGUGCCACGUACGCGCCCCACAAGCCUGUCCGAAUCCGAAAAUUUUAUCCAUGCAACUAGCUGCCCUGCCUGUGCUUAGGGAUUAGUUUGCCCACGCGGACCCACCGUCUAGCCAACGCUCUAUGAGAGUGCCCUCAGCCGAGAACUAGUUUUUCGUCGAGAACGAAAAGUCACACGGCUCCAUAAGCGGCUUUCUUCGCACUCCCUCUCUAUAAACCCUUCUUCUCUGCGCUGUCGGAAACAGCACGCAGUGACACUGUUGUCCCCCUGCUAAACACAACCACGCUUCACCCGUCGGUCCAUCGCGUCGUCCACCACGCGGACAGCUCGACGAAGCCAUGUGUGUCAUUACCUUGGCCAUGGACAUAGAGAUAGGGCCUGGGCCCGGAAUGAUGUGACGAUGGUGGUGUGACGAUCAGUGACAUCGAAGCGAAGCAUCUCUGCCAAAGCAGCAUUUACGGAUGGAACACCAACUCGCGCUACGCUGCGCUACAUUACUGUGACACCGCAACACCAGUCUAUCGACAACACGGAACGGAACCGGAAACUAUACGAUAAAAAGUUCUCUUGCAAACAAGAAACAAUGAAAGAUUUCAUUUACAAAAAAAAUUGGAAAACGAAAGCAAUCAAAUACGGCUUGCAUACGAAUUGCAAAAACAUAACUGAAAAAGAUUGUAAAUUCGCUUAAGCAAACUGAAACCAAAUUUCUCGAAACAUAACUCUGACGAAACAAACUCUCUGUACGAUCGUUCGAAUCUACGACUUGACACUUUGUGCCCGCUUUUCUAUUAUCUGCUAUGCUCUGUUCUCAUCUCUACGCACAGCAAACACGGCUUAACCAAAAAAAAUGUGGAAAUGCAUCGCACUUUUUCUCUGUCUCACGCCUUUCCCUAUUGUUUCGCCAUUAUAUACACCUUGUCGUGUGUCUCCGGGUGACGAGUCAUUGGUUUAUUGACACCCCUCCCAAAAACACAUAUAUUUAUUGUAAUAUCACUUGUUUAUCAAUCCGCACACACAAGUACAAAUGCGGCACUGUAAUACAAAUACCCCCCCGAUGGAAGGUGUGGCGUGGUGUAGUAGGUAUGGCGCUGUAAGGAUUCGGCGUAUCCCUCGGGCGUCCUUCGAUGUUAAACCUGCAGUGCCUCUGGAUCGCGAGUGCGGACCGAGCCGCGAUCGGAUAGUCAUUAUUUUAGUAAGCAAACGCGUGACCCGGCACACUUAGAGCCAGAAGCGGAUGCCUCAUACCGGGAGCGCAAACCAUGAUGAAGGAAACAGUAAUCCACAGGGAUAUCACAACGCACAGACAGUGUGGCGCACGGGGUAGCGGGGAUAAGAUAAAUGUGACCAAAUCGAAACACCAUAUUACAAUCAACCUCAAAACCCAAACUUCGAACGGAACGGUUUCACCUGGACAAUGGAUAAUGGGUCAACUAACUAACCGUAGUAGUUAUUAUUUAAAUCCGGAACUGUGGCUGAACAAAGAGUUCGUAGUAGAUGUAAUCCUGUAGUGGAGGUUCCGUUGCUGGUUCUGUUUUAAACCUCUUUGACCGUUUUCGGGAAACGCUUGGAGUUUAGUUCUCUGUUGAAAUAUAUGUUUACUACUUCUAUUAUUGCUACGUUAAUUUUUGUUACCAUGAUGGAUAAAUAUAAAUUUUGUAAAUCCUGUUGAAUUCAAUAAAACAACACAUUGAACUGA